AUGACUAACAAGUCAAUCAUCAUUCUGAUCCUGGUAGUUCUCCAUAGCUCUUUUACAAAUGGAAAAACAACAUGUAAAUGGCAGUUGGUUCAAGAAUGGCAUCCMCAACCCUCAGCAUAUGUUGUGAAUUGGACACUGACAGACAACAUCUGCACCRACUUCUACAGAGAUUGCUCAGUUUUGGGUGUAAACAUUAAAAUGAAUAUUUUACUCAAUCAAGUUGUUCCCCAGAUUUGCCCUUUGCAGAUUCAAUUAGGAGACAUCCUUGUAAUUUCUUCUGAUCCGUCUCUUCAAUUUUCCGAGAUAAAUCUGAUGAAUGUUUCAGAAGCAUCUUUCAUUGACUGUGUACAAAAUACCACAGCUGAAGAUCAGUUACUUUUUGGUUGCAAUCUAAAAGGGAUACACAUGGUUAAUCCACAGUGGCUGAGUGUUGGCACACAUUAUUUUAUCACAGUAAUGGCAAGUGGUCCUUCACUUUGUGAACUGGGACUUCGACUGAAUGUGACGGUCAAACAACAGUUCUGCCAGGAAUCUCUAAGUUCAGAAUUUUGCUCUGGGCAUGGUAAAUGUCUUAGUGAAGUUUGGAAGAAGACAUAUAGCUGCCAUUGCCAGACUCCAUUUUAUGGAAAGUACUGCCAAGAAUAUGAUACAUGUUAUUUUGGACCAUGCAAGAAUAAUGGAAGUUGCAUUAAUAAAAGAGAAAAACGGGGUAAAGAAGACUACGAAUGUAUCUGUCACCCACCAUUUACCGGUAGAAAUUGUUCAGAAAUAUUUGGUCAAUGUCAAUCACAUAUCUGUAUCCACAGAACCUGCAGCAACGUUACAGCUAAUAGUUUCAUUUGUGAAUGUGAUGAACAAUUUACAGGCCCAUUGUGUGAGGRGCUCAUGAAACCUCCUAAUCCUUAUUCUCAUUGGGAAGGAAAAAAUUGGCAAAAAUGCUGCUCUGCUUACAUCUGUGAAUGCCCAAAAGAACUUCUCAGUCAAAACUGUGAAACUGAUGUCAAUGAAUGUUCUGAAGCAGCACGUCAGAUUGGCACUGACUGUGUCAAUACACCAAAUGAUGUUGUGUGCAUCUCUUCAUUAAUACAUUCAGGAAAGUUAUGCAAGACAAAUGAAACAUCACAUAAUUCAUUUUCCUGGAAGGGUAAUGUUGCAUGUAUUAAAUGUGAAGAAGACUACCAAUACAGUUGUAUGUCAGGAUUUACUGGAAAAGACUGUGAAAAAGUAAUUGACCAGUGUAGACUACUCAGCAUCAAGUGUCUGAAUGAAGAAUUGUGUUUUGAUGUAAUUGGAAGAUUCACAGUAAACAAAAAAAAUCCCUCUGGGUUUUUUGAAGAAAUUCACUUAAUUCAUCAGUACCCCUGCUACUGUGGAGCUACCUACCAUGAUAUUUGCAAAAACAACUUUUCUCAAUUUGAAUAUAAUUCUGCAAAGAGAUGUAGUUGUUUGAGUGAAGAAGAUAGUCAGGAUUAUUUGUGUCUGUGCAUUCUGAGAUGUGCUGCCAAAAGGURUCUGCAAAAUACAACUGACUAUCAAGAGAACAGGUGCCAACAUAAAAUCUUUUUUAAAGAUGAAGUCMAUACAUCCAGAUGUAGCUGUUCUUUGGGUUACUUUGGCAGAUUCUCUAUUAUCAAUGUUGAAAAUUGCACAGGAAAUCAUAGUGCAUCAUUGCAUGCCCUCUGCCUGACCCAUCUGCACAACUGUAACUGUAGCUAUCUACAAAGAUAUGAAAGAAACAUCUGUGAAAGAGUAGCCGAGAAUUGUAAAUCUGCACACUGCAAAAAUGGAGCAACAAAUAUUCACUUGACUUGGUAUUUCUUCUGCAAGUAUAUCCCAGGAUAUACAGGUUUUGGAGUCAUUGGAGGCAAUCUUAAAAUAUUUCAUUCCAAAACUGAAAAUAGUGAUAUCACUGGAAUAAAUGUAUGGCUCUUCAGAUUAACUUCUCUGAAGCUGGAAACACAUUUGAGUGCACAAAUUCAGUUACAAGAUGUGAAACAUACUAAUGAGUAUGCCUCACAGCCCUUUAAGAAAUCAGCCACCUGCAUUGACCAACCAGGUAAUUACUUCUGCCAAUACAUAGCUCCAUUUAAAGCUGUUGGUGGCUUUUCCUGCUUAUGCAACUCAAGUUAUGCUGGAYAAAGCUGUGAGUGGGACACUGAUGGCUGCAUCCUGAAUGUCUGUGAGCAAAAUUCCACCUGCAAAGAUCUGCAUCUUUCAUAUAGCUGCCAUGCAUGCCUGUCUGAUUGGGAAGGAACUUUUUGUGAACAAGAAACCAAUGAGUGCAAAAAGAAUCCUUGUAAGAACAAUUCCACCUGUACUGACCUUUACAAAAGCUAUCGCUGUGAAUGUGCAUCUGGAUGGACYGGACAAAACUGUAGUGAAGAAAUAAAUGAAUGUGAUUCUGACCCAUGCAUGAAUGGAGCUCUCUGUCAUGAAUCUACCAUCCCCGGGCAAUUUGUAUGCCUGUGCCCACCCUUUUAUACUGGACAAUUUUGCCAUCAGCACUCUAAUCCCUGUGAUCUACUCAAUGAGCCUUGCAGAAACAAUGCAACAUGCCUGACUUCAGCAGAUGGAAGUCAUCAUUGCCUUUGUAGAGAAGGAUUUGAAGGUGAACAGUGUGAAAUUGAUAAGAAUGAGUGUCUUUCUCUUCCCUGCCAGAAUUAUGGUGACUGUGAAGAUGAGAUCAACAAUUUCAGAUGUGUUUGCAGACCCGGGUUUUCUGGACCUCUAUGUGAAACAGAAAUUAAUGAGUGCUCCUCUAAGCCUUGCAAAAAUAAUGGAACAUGUGUGGAUCUUGAAAACAGAUUUUUAUGUAACUGUGAACCUGGAUACUAUGGAUCUUUGUGUGAAUUGAAUGUAAAUGAAUGUAAAACCCAACCUUGUCCAGGUGGAGAAAAUUGUGUCAACAGAACUAGUGGACAUACCUGUCUCUGUGCUCCUGGGUAUACAGGCAUUGAUUGUGAAGUAAAUAUAGAUGAAUGCCAAUCAGAGCCCUGUCUCCAUGAAGGAGCUUGUAUUGAUGGCAUCAAUCAUUAUAUCUGUGCCUGCAAGAGUGGRUUUUUUGGAAUGCACUGUGAAAGAAAUGCAAAUGAUUGCCUCUCAAAUCCUUGUCUACAUGGAAGGUGCAUAGAUCUCCUUAAUAAAUAUCAAUGUUCAUGCGAUGCUGAGUGGACUGGCACAAGAUGUGAGGUCGAGAUUAAUGACUGCACAUCAAUUCCUUGUAUGAAUGGGGGCUUCUGUCAGAAGUUGGUACAUGGAUUUAUUUGUAUUUGCCCACACGGAUACACUGGUACACACUGUGAAAAAAUCAUCGAUAGUUGUCCUGAGCCUGAUCUGAAUUUGGUCCUCUGUCUGAAUGGAGGAAUUUGUGUUGAUGAACCUGGACCCACUUUUAAAUGCAGAUGCCUUCCUGGAUUUUCUGGUCAAUUUUGUGAAGAUAAUAUAAAUGAAUGUACUUCAUUACCAUGUCUACAUGAGGCAAUCUGUGAAGAUCUUAUCAAUGGAUACAUUUGCAAAUGUCAACAAGGAUGGUCUGGACGUCACUGUGAGAAGGAACUUGAGUACAUUCCCCACUCAUGUACUCCUAGGAUGUGCAUGGAAAAUGAACCUGGCACCACUUGUUUCUGCAUACCCGGAUCUGUGAGUUGCUCCACUGYGCUUCCUUGUGGUGAUGAAAUAAGCAGCAUCACCAGUUCACCUCUCAUCUCUCCAAGCAUCUCUCCAACCAUUUUUACACAAAUAUAUACAGUGCCUCCUUCUGAGAUCUUGUUCAGUAUCUUACCAUCUACAAGGGCUACAAAAAUAUGKACCAUAAUGAAUACUUAUCCAGGCAAUGAAGCUCUGAAACACAGAGAUAUUUUCAAGCAUGAUGUUCCUGCAACCACUGGUUUGGCAGCAUUAAGUAUUGGCAUAGCUUUUGAAAGCUACUUACUCAAAGAACUGAUUUCCACUAGAGAGCUUUCAGCAAAACAGAGUCUUCUUUCUUCCACAGAUGUUUCCUCUUCUCAGUUUCUGAAUUUUGGUAUUCAUGAUCCAGCACAAAUUGUCCAGGGCAAAACAUCUGCAUCACAUAUGCCUAUCCAAACUUCAGCAGCUACACAAGCAUUCUUUUUUUCUCAUCAGGGAUCAAGGACCCCAUUUAUCAUCUCUUCCUUAAUGACAGAUUUUAUUUUUCCCACAUCAUCUUCAUUAUUUGAGGACUAUCACACUGUUGCCUUUUCUGCUGCCACAAUGAGUUCAGUAAUUAGCAGCAUUCCAGGAGCUGAUAUUAAGUUAAACAGGCACUCAUUACUCUCCCAUGGAUUCCUGCUCACAACUGCUUCCACAAGUGUACCUCCAAUUGUCACUAGGAGGGCUCAAGAGGAUAUUGAAGAAUAUUCAGCUGUUUCCUUAAUUUCAAGAAGAAAGCACUGGAGAUUGCUGGGCCCCUCAAUGUCUCCCAUUUUUCCUGCUAAGAUAAUUAUAUCCAAACAGGUAGCCAUCUUAAACUCAUCAACUCUCUACCAAUUUAGUACUCAAACUCCCAUUCCCAGUGAAUAUCGGGUUAUUACUGAAGAAUCUAGCAACCAGAGACUCACAAACAUCAAAUCACAGGCUGCUGAUUCUUUAAGUGAAUUAAGCCAAACAUGUGCAACAUGUUCUAUGACUGAAAUAAAAUCCUCUCAUGAAUUCUCAGAUCAGGUUUUGCAUAGUAAACAGUCCCAAUUUUAUGAGACAUUCUGGAUGAACUCAGCGAUAUUAGCCAGCUGGUAUGCACUAAUGGGAACUCAAACUAUCACUUCUGGGCAUUCGUUUUCUCCUCAUACUGAAAUAAUACCAUCAGUGGCAUUCACAGAACUGUCAUCUUUGUUUCCAUCUAAAAAGAGUGCAAAAAGAACAAUUUUAUUUUCAUCCUUGGAAGAAUCCAUUACCCUAUCAAGUAAUUUAGAUGUUAAUUUAUGUUCAAAUGAGACUUGUKUAUCCAUUGUAUCUUCCCAAACUAUGUAUUCAGACUUGAUGUAUUCUGAYUUGACUUCAAAACUGACUACUGAUGAUCUGUCAGUAUCAGAAGACAUUCUUAAACUAUCAAGAUUAGGAAAAUACAGUGUAACUAUGAGUCCCACCGGAGAAGCACUAAAUCAAGACAAUUUACUGGACAUGAAAGAGGGUAAAGUGUCUUAUCAACUGUUCAAACUUCACACAAGUGUUACCUCUCUAGAUUUUGAAUUAAACUUACAACAAUAUUCAGAUGUAACUUUCAAGAUGUAUUCAGAAAUCACACAUUCAAAUGACCUCAAAAACAAUCAACCACUAUAUUCAGACUCACUAUUUUACUUUGCAGAAGUAAGUCCUAGUGUUGGGUUUYAUACGGUGACAGCAACUCAACCUCUUCCAAUACAGACCUCUUUACCCAUGUCUCUAAUUAGACCAGAUUGGCCAUAUUAUGUGGAUUACCUGACCUUAACACCUGAUUUAAAGGAAAAGAUCAGGACUUCUUCAGAAUGGUCAAAAUGGGAACUUCAUCCUAGUGUGCAUGACCAAGAAUCUCCUGCUGCAGGUCAGAUUCUUUCCACCACUAGAUCACUUACUUCACCAUCACUGGAGUCCUUCCCAGCGACUCAACAACUGAUGAUUUCUGAUUUCAGUUGUGUUUGCUAUUACGGAGAUUCCUAUCUAGAAUUUCAGAAUGUGUUUUUAAAUCCACAAAAUAACAUCACCCUGGAAUUUCAGACCUUCAGUCCUUAUGGACUCCUGCUGUAUGUCAAGCAAGAAUCAAAUUCAAUAGAUGGAUUUUUUAUUCAAUUGUUUAUUGAAAAUGGUACUUUAAAGUACCACUUUUUCUGUGCUGGUGAAACAAAAUUGAAAAGCAUUCACACUACCAUUAGAGUGGAUGAUGGASAAAGAUAUAAACUGUUUAUCAGACAAGAAUUGAACCCAUGUAGAGCUGAACUGACUAUUCUAGGAAGGAUUAUAGAAAACAGCAUAUCUAUUGAUGACAUGCCUGGAAAACCACUGUCAAAAUCAUGGUCUGUCUUUAUUGGUGGAUUACCAGAUCUUCAUGCAAAAACAAAGAUUUCUGGACCAGUUGAAAAUUUUAUAGGCUGCAUACAAGUUGUGGAAAUCAAUAACCAGGGAACUUUCAUUCCAUCCAAGGCAGUGAAAAAAAAUCACGUUGAGAACUGCAGAUCUCAAGAUCUGUCUCCAAUGACCUCUGUUGUUCCUUCUGUUAUGAUGCAAGUGACCGAUUCCAGAUGUUCUUCCCUCAGCCUCUCUCCAGCUGUGCCACCUGUCUGCCAGGAAAAUGAGUGCCACAAUGGAGGCACUUGCCACCCCCUCUUCCUGUCAAGCACUGUCAUUUCCUUCCAGUGUGACUGUCCACUACAUUUUACAGGCCGUUUCUGUGAAAAAGAUGCAAGAUUAUUUUUUCCAUAUUUCAAUGGGAAUUCCUAUUUAGAACUGCCUUUUUUUACAACCUUGGAUGAGUCAAAGUUUAUCCCAGAGAAAGAACACAGCAGAAUUGUGACCAUCUACUUGACUAUAAAAACAAAUACUUUAAAUGGAACUAUUCUGUACAGUAUUGAAAGUAAUUUUGGAAAACAGUUCCUUCAUUUAUUUCUUGUGGAAGGAAGACCCACAGUUAAAUAUGGAUGUGGAGGCUCUCAAAAUAUCUUGACUCUUUCUGCUAAUUAUAGCAUUAACAACAAUGAAUUCAUCCCUAUCACCAUACGCUUCACGAUGCCGGGUGACAGUCCUGGGUUUGCCUGUAUGAUUGAAAUGGCUGUAUAUGGAAAACCUCCAUUAUGGAAAAAAGACACAGAGGUUCCAGAUACCUCUCAGGUAUAUUUUGAAUCAAUGUUCCUUGGUCAUGUCCCUGAAAAUAUAAAGAUCCAUAAGCAUAUGGGCCAUAUUCAGGGGUUCCAGGGCUGCAUUAGAGAACUUCAAGUAAACAACAAAGAAUUCUUCAUUAUUGAUGAAGCACUUCGUGGGAGGAACAUCAAGAACUGCCAUGUGCCCUGGUGUGCUCGUCAUCUAUGCCAUAACAAUGGCACUUGCAUCAGUGACAGUGACAACUGGUUUUGUGAGUGUCCAAGGCUGUACUCAGGGAAGCUGUGCCAGUUUGCAAGUUGUGAAAACAACCCAUGUGGAAAUGGUGCCACCUGUGUUCCCAAAUCCGGAACAGACUUUGUCUGCCUCUGUCCGUAUGGGAGAUCUGGACCCCUCUGCACUGACGCUAUUAAUAUCACUCAGCCCAGCUUCAGUGGCACGGAUGCCUUUGGAUACACUUCAUUCCUGGCUUAUUCACGGGUUUCAGACAUCAGCUUCAGUUAUGAAUUCCACUUGAAGUUUCAGCUGGCAAACAACCACUCAGCACUGCAAAACAAUUUGAUAUUUUAUACUGGACAAAAAGGCCAUGGGCUCAAUGGCGAUGACUUCCUGGCAGUGGGUCUGCUGAACGGCAGUGUGGUUUACAGUUAUAACCUGGGAUCUGGCAUAGCAAGUGUCAGGAGUGAGCCCCUCGAUCUGAGCCUUGGAAUCCACACUGUCCGUCUGGGGAGAUUCUUCCAAACAGGCUGGAUGAAGGUAGAUGACCAUAAAAAUAAGUCUGUCACCUCCCCAGGAGAACUGGUUGGUCUCAAUGUCUUCAGUCAGUUUUAUGUAGGUGGUUAUAGUGAAUACACUCCAGAUCUCUUACCAAAUGGAGCCRAUUUUAAAAAUGGUUUUCAAGGUUGCAUUUUCGCUAUUGAAGUUCGUACAGAGAAAGAUGGCCAUUUCAGAGGCCUUGGAAUUCCCGAGGGCCACCCAAAUGCCGGGCGCAGCGUUGGCCAGUGUGAGGCUUCUCCCUGCAGUUUAAUGAAAUGUGGCAAUGGGGGAACAUGCGUAGAGAGUGGAUCUACUGUUUACUGCAACUGUCCCACAGGGUGGAAAGGAGCAUUCUGCACAGAGACAGUCACUUCCUGUGAUCCUGAACACGACCCCCCACACCGCUGCAGCAAGGGAGCAACCUGUAUUUCAUUGCCUCAUGGAUACACCUGUUACUGUCCUCUAGGAACCACUGGAAUCUACUGUGAACAAGCUUUAUCUAUAAGUGAUCCAUCUUUCAGAAGUAAUGAGUUAUCCUGGAUGUCUUUUGCUUCUUUUCCCAUUCGAAAAAAAACACAUAUUAAAUUGCAGUUUCAGCCUCUUGCUGCAGAUGGCAUCCUAUUUUAUGCUGCACAACACUUAAAAGCACAGUCAGGUGACUUUUUAUGUAUCUCCCUAAUAAACGGUUUUGUUCAGCUUCGCUAUAACCUUGGUGACAGAACUCUCAUUCUGGAAAGUCUCCAAAAAGUAACUAUUAAUGGAAGCACUUGGCAUGUGAUUAAAGCAGGACGCAUUGGUGCUGAAGGCUACUUGGACCUGGAUGGAAUAAAUGUAAAAGAAAAAGCCUCUGCUAAAAUGAGUUAUCUGGAUACGAAUACAGACUUCUAUGUUGGAGGAGUAUCAUAUUUACAUCUUGUAAAUCCCAUGGCCAUAGCAAGUGAACCUGUGGGUUUUCAAGGUUGCAUUCGAGAAGUUAUUAUAAAUAAUCAAGAAUUGCAGCUAACUGAAUUAGGGGCAAAAGAUGGCUCUAAUGUGGGUGACUGUGAUGGGACAGCUUGUGGGUAUAACAUUUGCAGAAAUGGGGGUGAAUGCAUAGUUAACGGUACAACCUUUUCUUGCAGAUGUUCACCACAUUGGGCUGGAAAUACAUGUAACCAGUCUGUGUACUGUUUGAAUAAUCUUUGUCGCCACCAAUCUCUAUGUAUACCUAGCCAAUCAUUUUCUUACAGUUGUCUGUGUACUUCAGGUUGGGUGGGAAGGUACUGUGAAAACAAAAUUUCAUUUUCAACUGCAAAGUUCAUAGGUAAUUCUUACAUUAAAUUCAUUGACCCAAAUUACAGAACAAGAGACCUUCAGUUCACAACUGUAUCCUUAAAUUUCAGUACUACUGAAACAGAAGGCUUAAUUAUAUGGAUGGGAAAAGCUCAAAACGAAGAAAAUGACUUUCUAGCUAUUGGUCUUUAUAAUAAAGCCUUGAAAAUAGCAGUUAACCUAGGAGAAAGAGUCUCUGUAUCCAUGAGCUAUAGCAAAGCCACAUUCUGUUGCAACAAAUGGCACCAUAUACUUAUAAUUCAAAAUCAAACUCUUAUUAAAGCUUACCUAGAUAACAGUCUAAUCAUUUCUGAGGACAUUGAUCCACACAAAAAGUUUGUUGCCCUAAACUACGAUGGUAUCUCCUAUUUCGGAGGCUUUGAAUAUGGUCGAAAGGUAAAUGUUGUUACUCAGGAGAUUUUUAAGAGAGACUUCAUUGGCAAAAUUAAAGAUGUUGUAUUUUUUCAGGAUCCACAAAAAAUUGUCUUAAUUAAAUCUGAGGGAUACAAUGUUUAUAAUGGAGAUGAACAAAAUUAG